AUGUGUUUGAACAAAGAAAUGGUUGUGUUGGGGGUCUCACUCGUAGUGAUUGCAGCCGUUGUCAUUGGCGUUGUUGCUGGAAUAGAUAACACCACAGUAGGCGUGGGGACUUGGAACAAUAAUACAACUCUCGAUGCCAUUUGUGCCCAAACUGAUUACAAGGAAUCUUGUAUUUCCAGCCUAAAACCAGUUGGCAAAGAAUCCGAAGUGAUAGUUUAUUUCAAAGCUGCAGUCAAUGCUACUGUUUCAGAAAUGGCACUUGCGAUGGAGAAGCUGAAAGUUGAAGGUGGCACGCUUUCAGAUGAGGGUGAACUCAUGGCGCUUCAAGAUUGCAUGGAGUUGCUGGACUUGUGCACGAAGGAACUUGAAUCCGUGAAUAUGUUGGUAAAUUCUACACCGAAGUUGUUUUAUAACGACUCGGUUGAUGCUAGGAGCAGCUUAAGCGCUGUCAUUACAUACCAAAGAACGUGUCGUGAAGGAUUUAAAGAGUUUGAAUCCACAUACAAUAUGGACGGAGUUCUGCAGAGGUCGAGUGAGCUUUCAAGCAAUGCCUUGGCUAUAAUUUACGAGCAUUCUGAAAACGAUGACAAAGAAGCCGAGUCUUUAGUCCCACCUCGAAGAAGCACAAAUGAAUUACAGGGUGGGCUAUAUGAUGGAUAUCCAGCACAGAUGAUCUUGGCAGGUGACCGCAAACUCAUGUUGCAGUACCACUCGUUCUGGAAGCUGGAUGGUCAGGCACCCAAUGCAGUUGUGGCUCAAGACGGAAGUGGGCAAUAUACCACCAUUUUUGCUGCUAUCCAAUCAUACCCAAAUGGCCACAAGGGAAGAUAUCUCAUCUAUGUAAAACAUGGGGUCUACUAUGAGAACGUAAUCAUUGCCAAGAAUAUGACCAAUAUAUUCAUGUACGGUGACGGGUUGAAUAAAACGAUCAUCGCCGGAUAUUUCAUGGAUGGAACUGCAUAUCGGAGAGCUACUUUGUCGGUAAUUGGCGAUGGAUUUUUCUGCAAGGAUAUUGGGAUCACAGUCCCCACUCAAUAUGGAGGAUAUACAGCAGCGGCUGUCAAAGUCCUGUCCGAUAAAGCAGCCUUCUUCAACUGCAGAAUAAUUGGCACAACAUCAAGCAUCUUUGCAUUAGCCCAUCGCCAGUUUUUCAGAAACUGUGAAAUCUAUGGUGCCACAAACAUCGUCAGCGGCGACGCUGCACUAGUAAUCCAGCACUCCGACAUCAUUGUGACAGAGUCAAAUCUAAAUGGGAAAGCAAGCAUAAUAGCUUCGCAAGCCAGGAGUGAUAGGCGUGAAAGCACUGGUUUUGUCAUACAUGGCUGCAAUAUCUACCGAGACAAAUCUAAUAAUAAUCAUGAUGACACCGAUCAAACACCAAAAGUGCAAAGUGCCACUACUUACUUGGGCAUGGCGGCGAAGAAAUAUUCAAGAACAAUCGUAAUGGAAUCAAGCUUGGGGGAUUUAAUACGCCCAGAAGGAUGGUAUGGCAGCCCGGAUGAUCGUAACCAUGCAACUGAACACGUGACCUUUGUUGAGUAUGGAAACAGGGGACCUGGAGCUCAGACCAAAAUGAGAGUAAAUUGGCCGGGUUAUGCUUUCAUCUCCAAAAGAGAUUAUGUACUGCGCUACACGGCUGGGAGAUUCAUUCAAGCACAGAACUGGCUGCAAGGCACUGUUGUCCCCUUCCAGGAGGGGUUUUUUUCCUGA